AAUUCGUUGUUUUCAGAUCAAGACCGUAUCCGAUCUGCUCGUCUCUUAUAAACCAGGCUUGAAAUACUUGUCCAAGUCAUCAGUUGCGAUCAUAGUUUCAGGGCGUGGUACAAACCACCGCAGACCGCAAGUCGGAAUUCUCCGUCCGGCGACUUUCGAUUGUACAACAGACUCCAACUUUUGAGCCUCGCCGCCGCCAUACAGCAAUACAGCAAUGGUUCUACACAGAUUAGCGCGCUCAAGAAGCGCAUGGGCUCCUUUGCUGGAGUCGCGCCCUCACGCUAGACAAUUUCAUGCAUCAUCAAUAUCGAGACUCCACGAGGUUCCCAAUCUGUCAUACAAGGAACAGUUCGAGGCCAGAGGUGUUCCCGGUCUCCUUGAUCAACCUGCCUACGAUGUGGCAUGGAGACAGAACAUGGAACACCUUGUCGAACGACUGAACAAAGCCACCAUGAAUACCGACUUUGAACAGUCGUCGACCAAGCAGCUCAUCCUCCAGUUCGCCCGCAAUCCCCAAUAUGCCCCCGUCUUUGCAGCCGCCAGUAUGGCCCACAACACACAUUUCUUCUUCGACGGCCUGGGUGUUGGUAUUGACAGCGAAAAGCUCGAAGCCUUCCCGACUCUCGAAAAAGCCCUGAUUGCAUCCUUCGGCAACAUCGACACCCUCUGGAGGAUAAUGUUGUCCAAGGCAAGCGCCAUGACCGGCCCUGGCUUCGUCUGGCUCGUCCAAGCAACCAAGCGCUCCACCUCGUCAAUCGGAAACAACACGCCCGAAUUCAGACUCCUAGUUACCUACAAUGCUGGCACCCCGUACGCUGAGGCUGGUGUUCGACAACAAGGUGCUGACCUGAGCACCUCCGAGGGCUACAACGGCUCUGCUGGUUCUUUCGGUCCUACAUCGACUCGUGAAAGAGCAACCCCAAAGCUUCCUCCGGGUACUGAGCUCAUCACUCCGGUACUCUGUGUGAGCACCUGGGAGCAUGCAUACUUGAGGCAAUACGGUGUGGGAGGAAAGCAACAGUACCUGAUCAAUUGGUGGAAGGCUAUCAACUGGGGAGCCGUCGACCAAAAGAUGAUCAAGCCCUCCGACAAGCCGAACGGCAAAUUUGUAGAAAAGUAGCUCCCUUGUCAUGUUCAAAAUGUAAUAUAGCCAUUCCCGUGUACGCUUUGCUUGCUUGUAUCCUCGACUUUCAAUAUCCGGCCCCCGCUUGCUGUAUCGUACAUGUCAUGAGUGGUGGGCACCGAGCUGCUUAUUCCUCCAUCUCGUCAUCGUCUCCCUCGAGUGCCUUCUUGGCCAGACGCUCUGCCUCCUCACGCAUCUCUUUCGGUACCUCCUCGUGUCUGCCCUUGGUGGGUCCAUCAACCUUGCUGAUCCACGUCAUUUCCAGCUCAAACUCCUUGUCUUUGCUGUCCUCGUGUGCCACGUAGAUGAUUCUUGCUGCCUCCUUGACACCUUCCUCCAAGCUGAUGCCGCCCUGAUCGGGGGUGAGCUUCAGUUUCUCCAAUUCCGCCUUGGCUGCUUGUCUGCCCUUGCCAGUAGCUGCGCCGUAGUAUCCCCAGUACAGUCCAGAUGGCUCGAUCAUGUAGAGGUAUGGGCC